AUGUCUCUAGUGAUCAUCGAGAAAUUCCAGCACAUCCACCGAGUGCCCAACACCAACAACGGGCAGUGGAAAACCACCAUCACCACCAGCAAGGGUGUGGGCCAGCACUGUGCCCACAUGGUGCAGAGAAAAGCAGACAUUGAUCUGACCAAGAGAUCUGGAGAGCUGACAGAGGAGGAAGUGCAUGUCAUCACCAUCAUGCAACCUCAACAGUACAAGAUCCCUGAAUGAUUCUUCAACAGGCAGAAGGACAUUAAGGCCAGCAAAUACAGCCAGGUUUGGUCAACAGAGGACAACGAACUGCACAAGGACCUGGAGCAGCUAAAGAAAAUCCAAGUGUAUCAGAGCCUGCGUGUGCGAGCCCAGCAUACCACGACAGACAAGUGCUGGGACAGAGCUAUUGGUGACUCUAAGAAGUAG